AUGCUGACCACGCUCACGUCUGUUGCACGAAGAGUAUCAACACCUGGCCUAGAGGCUACUCGAGUAGCUUUAUCUCAAACUCGCUCUGUUCACCUCGCCCCUCCUUUUCUUCUUGAUACCUACAUACCCCGUUACCAACUCCUCUCUUCAGCCGACGCAUCUACAAAGCGGCUCCUUGCACAGUCUCACCUGGCAAACUGUAACCUAUGCCCAAGGCUAUGCGGUGUCAAUCGUUACGAGAAGACCGGAUACUGUUUGAUUGGGGCGGAGAAAGUUAAGGUCAAUGUCAUUGCGCCACAUUUUGGUGAAGAACCAUGUGUACAGGGCUGGAAUGGAAGCGGGUCGGUCUUCUUCUCAGGGUGCAACUUGCGAUGCGUAUUUUGCCAGAAUCAUGAAAUUUCGCACCAACGCAAUGGAUUUGAUUUGACUCCUGAGGAGCUUGCGGAAUGGUAUAUGAAAUUACAAGAUGUCGGAAAUGUCCAUAAUAUUAAUCUCAUCACACCAGAACAUGUUGUUCCGCAGGUGGUCUUAUCGAUUCUUCAUGCCCGGGACCUUGGACUAAAGAUCCCCAUCAUCUAUAAUACGUCUGCGUUCGAUUCUCUUGAAUCGCUCGAACUUCUAGACGGCCUCAUCGAUAUAUACCUACCGGAUUUCAAGGUAUGGAACAAUAGAUCCUCGGUGAGGCUACUUAAAGCGAAAAACUACACCGAAACGGCCAUGGAAAGUAUCAAGACCAUGCAUACCCAGGUUGGUGACUUGUGCUUCACUGCCGAUGGUGUCGCAAAAAGUGGUGUUUUGGUCAGACACCUUGUUAUGCCCGGGCGCGAGGAUGAAGGUAAGGAAAUCGUAAAAUGGCUAGCACAAAACGUCUCAAAAGAUAUAUAUGUGCAUAUCAUGGAACAAUAUCGUCCCGAUGCCCACGUUGGCAAAAAGAAGCGCGGUGACGGUGGGAAAGGCAGCAACAAGGAAGAAGUGCGAUAUGCUGACAUCAAUCGGCAUGUUGAUUUGAAAGAAGUUGGCGCUGUCCAAAGUGCAGCAAGGGCAGCAGGCCUAUGGAGGCUUUGUGAGCCUACGGAGCAUGGCGGAUUUCACAACUAG